CGAAUGCGUCAACCGCGCAGUAACCAGCUUACAGGGGCAUCUCACCAGCUCAAAGCACAGCCGUGUUUCUGGCCUAAAGCAACAGCAUACCAGCUGAAGUAGAAAAAAGACGGGAUUUGUGGGCUGCAGAGGAGGACAGGUCAUCCAGUUUCAUGCAAAACCAUGGGAUACACACGUUUUGCUGUGAUGCUGCUCGUCUCCAUGGUCCAGCUUGUUUCAGGCAUGAGUUUCAUGACCCCUGAGCCGGACAUCCCACCCACACCAGCCCGGGACUCGUACCCGCCCGAAGACCUUAUCCAUGCAGCUCUGCAAAGUAAGAAGUACUUAGGACAGGCGUCUGCAGGUACUACCACCAAUCCAACACAGGCCGUGCCUGAGUUCAAGCAAACAGAGUCUACAGCGACACCCCUAUCUCCUGGAUUUCUCACCACUUCAAUAAGCUCUUCUUCCACCGCUGGCCAGCCAGGAUCAAGGAAUCCAAUAUCUCUGCUGGAGGAGGAGACAACCACCACUCUGAUAACCACAACCACCAUAACCACCAUGCACAUGCCAGUGCAAUGCAAUGCAAGCCUGUCAGCUAUGGAGGAUGUUGUUGAGUCACCUGAUCAUGCAUCUUCAUCUCCCCUGGAAUGCACCUACAGCAUUACUGUAUAUCCUGGCUAUGGUGUGGAAAUUAAGGUGAGGAAGGCCAACCUUUCAAAGGAAGAGUCGUUGAUGAUAAUGGGCCGUGGAGGUUCAGGACCGGAGCUAUUAGCCAAUGAAACUCUGAUGAAGGAAGGCCAGGUGAUUCGCAGUACAACCAAUCAGGUGUACAUUCACUAUCGCAGCCUGCGACAGUCCAACCACGGCACAUUCAGCCUCCAUUAUCAAGCGUUUCUUCUGUCCUGCCCAUUCCCCAUGUCGCCUGAGGGUGGUGGAGUAACAGUCACUGACAUUCAUCCUGGAGGACAGGCCCACUUCCACUGUGACCGAGGCUUCCAGAUCCGUGGUCAUGAGGUGGCCACAUGCGUCAACACAACUCAGCCACACUGGAGCACUCCAGGGCCCCAGUGUGUCGUGGUGUCCUGUGGAGGGUGGAUUCGUAACGCAACCGUUGGACGAAUUCUGUCUCCACCUCCUUCGUCCAGCAGCAACCAUAGCAACGGAAAUAAUCUGACCUGCCACUGGCUGAUAGAGGCCAAAGAGGGGCACAAACUCCAUCUGCACUUUGAGAGGAUUGCACUCGAUGAAGACAAUGAUAAGUUGAUUGUGCGAAGCGGUAACAGUUCUGUGUCGGCUCCCCUCUUUGACUCGGAUCUGGAUGACGUUCCGGAGCGUGGGCUUCUGAGUGAGAGCUCCACUCUGUACCUGGAGCUCACAGCUGAUUCCUCCGCCAUCCCUCUGCUACUGGCACUGCGAUAUGAGGCUUUUGACGACGAGCACUGCUGGGAGCCCUUCAUGCCGAACGGAAAUUUUACCAGUAGUGACAUUAGCUACCAGCUGGGGACCAUUGUCACCUUCAGCUGCUCUCCAGGUUUCAUCAUGGAUCCUGGUUCAGGAACCAUUGAGUGCGUGGACCCCAACAAUCCACACUGGAAUGACAGUGAACCUGUGUGCAAAGCUCUGUGUGGAGGGGAGCUGUCCGACCCCUCAGGUCCCAUCCUGUCCCCUGAUUGGCCCCAGAGUUACUCCAAGGGCCUGGACUGUGUGUGGCAGAUCCAUGGUAAUGAGGAGAAGCACAUUGAACUGGAUAUCAGGACUUUAAACAUUAGCCAGAAUGAUGUGCUGACGGUUUUUGAUGGGCGGGACGUCAUGUCACGCGUGAUUGGCCAAUAUCAGGGAUCCAAAGAGCGUUUCCAGGUUGUUUCUACUGGCUCUGAGGUCACAAUCCAGUUCCAGAGCGACCCAGAGGACGCCGCUUCUGUCCUGAAUCGGGGGUUCUUUAUUCAGUAUCGUGAAGUGGAGCCUAACGACACUUGCCCCACCCUCCCCGAAAUUGAGUUCGGCUGGAGCAGCUCGUCCCACUCCUUCCCUGUGAGGGGCAGCGUGCUGACCUAUCAGUGCCAACCUGGGUACGACAUCAGCGGCUCGGACAUCAUCACCUGCCAGUGGGACCUGUCUUGGAGUAGCAGCCCACCCACUUGUGUCAAAGUCCCACAGUGUCUUGAUCCAGGAGAGGUGGUAAAUGGAGCGCGCUCCGUGCGUCCUGAAGCGGGUUUUGUGGUCGGAACGGUGGUGCGCUUUUCUUGUAACCAAGGCUACCAACUGGAAGGUCCCAGCCAAAUCUCCUGCCAUGGACGAGACACAGGAACCCCCAAAUGGAGUGACCGCAGCCCCAAGUGUGUCUUGAAAUAUGAUCCGUGCCCAAACCCCGGAGUCCCCGACAAUGGCUAUCAGACUUUGUACAAACACAACUACCAGGCUGGAGAAACUCUGCGUUUCUUCUGUUAUGAGGGCUACGAGCUGAUCGGGGAAGUCAUCAUCACAUGUGUUCCUGGCCAUCCUUCUCAGUGGAACAACCCACCACCCUUCUGCAAAGUGGCCUAUGAGGAGCUUUUGGAUGAUCACAAGUCAGAUGUGUCCCAGUCCUAUGAGAUGUCCCCGCAGAUGCUGAGCGAAAACAUUGCCUUGGCGAUAAUCUUGCCAAUAAUCCUGGUCAUCCUCCUGAUCGGAGGAAUUUACAUGUACUAUUCAAACAUUUGCAGACUAGAAUGGAAGCCACGCUUCUGGAAGUCUCUCUCCCACACACACUCCUACAGUCCAAUUACGGUGGAAUCAGAUUUCAACAACCCUCUGUAUGAAGCCGGGGAUACACGGGAGUAUGAAGUGUCCAUCUAAAAAAUGUUGAGGAUGAGAAAAAAAAAACACAAACACCAGGGAGUAAAUUGCUAAGAAACGAUUUUUGUAUUAAAAGGCCUCAUUUCCCUUUAAUUGUCCAUGUUUUUUUACACUUGUGUUCUCUCAUCACUUUAUAUCUGGUCUAAAAGUCAUGAAAGUGCUUCUUUUUUUUACGUUAAUCAGAUGUGGAGACCUAAAAAAUGUAAAUUUUGUUUGAUGGUCAGGUUUUGUGUGGUUUACUAAGACCGGUGCCUUAUAAAAAGGUAAAGAAAUUGGUAAAACAAGGAAAAGCAGAUACAGAGGAAGAACAGCUAAGGGUAGGAGGAUAGGGGGAAAAUAUUUUAAGUCAUUAUGAGGCCAAAAAUUCUAAAAAAGGCAUGGUAAUAGUUUUAUUUGUAACAAUCGCAAGUUACUGUCAUUACUACACAAAACAUAAUGAAUGUUUCUGUUUAUUUCUGGUGACUAUAAAAUAAGUGGCUUUUAUUCAAUUUUGCACAGUUUCACUGUUAAUGAUAUUUUGCUUUAAAAUUGUGGAAAAAAAAUGAUUUUCUUUCUUCAUGUUUUUUCACAAUAUGUGUAAAACAGUCACGGAAACUGAAUGUAAAUAUUGGACUUCAUAUUGGCGGAGGUUAAUAUAUAUAUAUAAAUCAUCAUAAAUAUAUAUGAGCCUCAAAUGAUAUAUAUAUACUCUUUAACAUGGUGACAGGAGGUUACUUUUUUCAUUAUAUACAGAUAAUGAAAAGUCAGUGCCAAAUUAGAAUGUUAAAUAAUUUAAUGUCUCUAAGUGUUUCAUCUGUUGUUAAAAUAGUGUUUACAGACGCAGUGCUUAAUUUAUUCUCUGCCGUUAUCAUACGUCACACCACAUACUGCAAAAGAAAAGGUGAGGACAUGAAUGUCAUUGCGCUUUGAGCAUGCACUGAUUGUAAAUUAAAUUGCUUAAUGCUCAACCUUCCCAUCGUUAUAGUUACAGACGGCUUUCAUUGUUAUCAAAUUUGAUGUUGUAUGCACUAUGUUGAUGAAAAAAGAAGACCUCCAAAAUCUGGUUGCUUGCUGUGAUGCAUUAUGUAUUUAUUUAUGUAUUUAUUUAUUUGAUUAUUUAUUUAUCUAUUAAUGAUUGUUUCAACAGUGAAUGUAAGGUUGUUCACUGUGCCAAAUGAGGGGAUCCUGGAGACUGUUGCGUUUUAGAAUUCUUUCUUCUCUUAACCAUUGGUAGCAUUUCUUUGCUUCAUAUAUAAAUAGACUCUUGAAGGCAGUGAAUCAUUUGCUGAACUGGAAAUAAAGUCUCUGUUGAA